UCUCACUGUUAUGUAACAAGGUUGUUUUAAUGUGAGAUCUCAUUUAGACAAAGCGCUUGGAACUGAACUGAACUCUAGCUGCAACCAUGUGGACCUUCACUGUGCUUCUCUGGAGUUUAUUACAAGUUACUUUGAGCAUUUCAGCGACAGCAAACGACGCCCCAAUUGUACAGACUAAAUAUGGGGCUUUGAAAGGUGAGUAUGUGAGAGCUAAAGGGAAGGACACGGUUAUUCACAGCUACCUGGGUGUGCCGUUUGCUAAGCCACCUGUGGGACCUUUAAGACUCUCAGCCCCACAACCUGCAGAACAAUGGAACGGAGUGAGAGACGCAACAAAACAGCCAUACAUGUGCAUGCAAAACAGGGAGCUAACUGUGAAUUUAACAAAACAAUUUUGCCUGACCAUGGAAGUACCUGAAGUGUCAGAGGACUGCCUUUACCUCAACAUUUACACGCCCGCUAAACCAAGUGAAGAAGCCAAACUACCUGUCAUGGCUUGGAUCCAUGGUGGAGGCUUUGUAUGUGGCUCAGGUUCCAUGUUUGAUGGACAUGCACUGGCAGCCUAUCAGAAUGUUGUUGUAGUUCUAAUCCAGUACAGGCUUGGGUUACUUGGAUUUUUCAGCACAGGGGAUGAACAUGCACCAGGAAACUAUGGGCUUUUGGAUCAGGUGGCUGCUCUUCAGUGGGUUCAAGAGAACAUCCACAACUUUGGAGGUGAUCCUGGAUCAGUCACCAUCUUUGGAGAGUCUGCAGGAGGAGUCAGUGUGUCUUAUCAUAUAUUGUCGCCGUUGUCUGCUGGCCUGUUUCGCUAUGCCAUAGCAGAGAGUGGCACUGCUGCAAUGGAUGCUGUUUUCACUACCAAUCCUUUACCAAUUGCUCAGUUUGUGGCUAAUGCAUCUGGAUGUGACACUUCCAGCACAAAGCAGAUCGUUGAUUGUGUAAUGCGGUUGUCAGAGGAGGACCUUUUGACGAUUUCUAAAAGGGUUGAUAUAUUAUUUAAAGUGACACAGGAUGGACGAUUCUUUUCACAACCUGUGGAUGAACUUCUGCAGAAUAAAGAGUUCAGCAAAGUGCCAUUAAUUACAGGGAUAACUAAUGAUGAAGGAGGUUUUGGUCUCCCUAGUUUCUUUGCUCCUCCUGGAUGGACUGAAGGAAUGGACAGAGAGUAUGUUAUGUCAUUAAUGCCUUUAUUUUUUCCUGAUCCUAAUGAUCAAUGGCUUCAUGAAAUAGUUAUGAACGAGUACAUGGGAGCCACGAAUGAUCGGGUUCAAGUCCGAGAUGGUUUUAGAGAGAUGUGUGGAGACAUUUUGUUUAACAUUCCUGCUCGUAAUGUGGCAAAACACCACAAAGAUUCUGGAGCACCAGUUUACAUGUAUGAAUUCCAGCACACGUUCAAUGAACUUCAGAAAAAGAGGCCGAGUUUUGCAGGAAGUGACCAUGCGGAUGAGAUCUUCUUUGUUUUUGGUUUAUGUUUUUUAAAUGGUCACAUUAAGGUAGAUGGUCAGUUCACAGAGGAAGAGAAUAAACUCUGUAGAUCUAUGAUGGCCUACUGGGGAAACUUUGCUCGCACUGGGUCUCCAAACGGACCAGGCUUGACCCCAUGGCCCGAGUUUGGAGCUGAAGCUGAAUAUUUGGGCAUCGGCCUGGAACAGAAGCCGGGAAAGAACUUGAAGGAAAAGCACCACGCGUUUAUAACCCAGACUCUGCCACAGCUAAGAAAUGAGAAAAAAGAGGGCUCAGUUGUGCAGACGAAAUAUGGAGCUCUUAAAGGUGAACUUGUGACGGCUAAAGGGAAGGACACAGUUGUCUACAGCUACCUGGGUGUGCCAUUUGCAAAGCCACCAGUGGGACCUCUAAGAUUCACUGCUCCCCAACCUGCAGAAGAAUGGAAUGGAGUACGAGAUGCCACAAAACAGCCAUACAUGUGUAUACAAAACAGGGACACAACCGUUGAGCUCUUUGGCAAUUUGUCAAUCAGUGUGGAAAUACCUGAAGUGUCAGAAGACUGCCUGUACCUCAACAUUUACACUCCAGCAAAACCUAGUGAAAAAGCCAAACUACCCGUCAUGGUUUGGAUUCAUGGUGGAGGACUGAGCAUUGGUUCCGCAUCAAUCUGUGAUGGAUCAGUUCUGUCUGCCUACCAGAAUGUAGUCGUUGUGCUUAUUCAGUACAGGCUGGGCUUGUUUGGAUUCUUUAGCACAGGGGAUGAACAUGCACCAGGAAACUAUGGCCUUUUGGAUCAGGUGGCUGCUCUUCAGUGGGUUCAGGAGAACAUUCACAGCUUUGGAGGUGAUCCUGGAUCAGUCACCAUCUUUGGAGAGUCUGCAGGAGGAGCCAGUGUGUCUUUUUUGCUUCUCUCUCCAUUGUCUACUGGACUAUUUCACCGUGCAAUUGCAGAAAGUGGCACUGCAGUAAUGAAAGGCAUUGUGGGGAAUCCCUUACCAACAGCCCAGCUUGUGGCUAACAUCUCAGGUUGUGACACUGGUAGCACACAAAAAAUUGUCGAGUGCCUUAAGCAUUGGCCGACAGAGGACGUGAUAACACUUUCAAAAGAGAAGACAUUUUUGCAGUUUGUAGUGACAGAAGAUAAGAUAUUUCUUCCCAAGCCUGUGGAGGAGCUUCUUCAAAACCAGGAGUUCCAUAAAGUACCAAUUAUUACUGGUGUGACCAAUGAUGAGUUUGGUUGGGUGCUACCUAAUUUCCUUACACUGUCAGGAUGGACCGAUGGGAUGGAUAAAGAGCAAGUACUUUCAAUAAUGGCUUCUUUUAAUCCUGAUCCCCAUAGUCAGUGGAUUAAUGAACUGAUGCUAGAGGAGUACCUGGGUUCUUCUGCUGACCCAAUCAAAAUUCGGGAUGCUUACAAAGAGAUGAUGGGAGACAUAAUCUUUAACAUUCCAGCUCUGACAGUGGCUAAAGCACAUAAAGCUGCUGGUGCUCCAGUUUAUCUGUAUGAGUUCCAGCAUCCACCCAGCAUCAUGCAGGUUACCAGGCCCAGCUUUGUAGGAGCUGAUCAUGGAGAUGAACUUAUCUUCGUUUUUGGCAUGUGCUUUGGGAAUGCCCACAUGAAGGCAACUGCUUCAUUAAAUAAAGAAGAAAAUGAGCUGUGUAGGACAAUGAUGGCCUACUGGGGUAACUUUGCUCGUACUGGGACUCCAAAUGGACCAGGCCUGACACCAUGGCCUGAGUUUGGAGCUGAAGGGGAGUAUCUGGGCAUCGGCCUGCAGCAGAAGCCUGGCAAAAAUCUCAAGGCUAAGCGUUACAUUUUCAUGACUGAAAAGCUUCCAGAGCUGGUGGCUGCAGCUCAGGAGAAGAAUGAGCACGUUGAGUUGUAGCUGGUGAAGUAGUUUCUUUAUAUAGUCCAUCCCUCUACAGGGCAACUUUGAAGUAUCUAUCUAUAAAAUUAGUCUUCAGAAAUGUUUGAAAGGGAACCAGAACAGCUGCUCACACAAAUAACCCUCAAAGAACCAACUCUUAAAGUAAAUGAGGCAGAAACUUACAUUCAGAUUCUAUAAAUAUUACUACUUUAUUAAAAAGACAGCUGUAUAUUUAAAGUGCUAUUUGUCUGGAAUUGAGGUGCUCCAAAUGUAAGUAUGUACCAUUUUUUCCAGAGAGGGAAAAAAUUCAUUAGCUACAGAUCAAAGUUCUCACUCUCACUAUUAAGGUGUCGUGACAUGAACAUGGCAUCAUGCUUUGUAAAACUGAUAAAACUGUGAAUUAAAACAUUAAAAAGUGUUUAAAAAAGGUAAA